GGUCAAAUGCUAGGAGAUCCUUAGGUGGUGGGGCUCUAUCUUUGAAAAAUAAUGUGGUUCUCUUCACCCUGGUCUAAACCAUGUGGAUGGAGUGAGGGUUAUGAGUGCCCUCUGCAACACCUCACUCUCGUUUCACGAAAAUGGCCGUAGCAGUUCUUCUCAGGCGCACGUUCUUCAAAAGCCCAAAACCCUUCCACUUUUCCCCCGUGAAACGCUUGUCUCUUCUCGCCUCGACCCCGCCCUCCACAGAGCCUUCUUCGCUGUCCGCCCGCAUGCGCUUCGUCUUCGACCAGAUUGACACCAUCCAGGAGGAGCGGGCGGAGAAAGACCAGACACUCCAGCGCAUACGCGCUUGGCGCGAAUCCAAGAAGUCAGUUCAACCCCAACCCCAGCAACGGGAGACUCCGGAUUCGGAUCCUAAUGUGGCGAAGGAGACGGGCUCGGAGAAGGAGGAGUGUUCUGCUGUUGGCCAGGGAGGCUUGAUGGCCCAGGAGGUGGAGUUUGUUCACCCGUGGCCGGAGUGGAUUGCGCUGAUGGAGAGGCUGGUGCAGCAAAAUUACUUUGAUCACAGGAGGAAAGACGAGGAUAGGAUGAUUGUGGAAUCGGGCUUCAGUGUUCCUGCUGUUGCAGAACAGGAAGGGCUCGACUUCACCAGGGAUUGGAAGACUGUUGAGACUGCUGUUCUCAAUCUUGGCCGCGACAGAUUUGAUAUAUUGAGGUCAUUGCCUCGACAAGAUCUUCAAAUUCUGGUGGGCUAUGGAUGCCCUAGCGCAGACAAAAGGAUUGUUUUUUCGGCCAAACUAUUGAGGAAACAUGUUCAUAUUGACGAAGGAGAUGUUUGUAGUUCUUGCAGCCUGAGGAGCUCUUGUGAAAAGGCAUACCUAAUUACAAAUAAGGAGGACGAGGCUAGGACUAUUGAUGUUAUGCGUGUCCUAUUGAUGUUUGCCUUUGAUCCGAUUAAUGGUUCAGUUGUUAAUAAGUCUAUUCUGAAGAAGAAAUCUGUGAAGAAUGUUAUUCGGAGAUUGCUUCAUGAGGUGGUCAAGUUAAGUGCUGUCCCAAUAGACCCAAAUCUUCCACCUCCUAUUAUAAAAAAGCCCCAACCAAAGGUCAAACAGCCACCACCUACUCCUAAGAAACGAGUUGGGCGUGAUGAUGUUGAAAUGAAGAAAGGAGAUUGGCUUUGUCCGAAAUGUGACUUUAUGAACUUCGCCAAGAAUAUUGUGUGUCUACAAUGUGAUUCCAAGCGUCCGAAGAGACAGCUGCUUCCGGGAGAAUGGGAAUGCCCCAAUUGCAAUUUCCUAAACUACCGGAGAAAUAUGGCGUGCUUUCAUUGUGAAAGCAAGCGCCCACCCGAUGAGUACACUGGAAGUCAACUUAGGGACAGACAACGUGGUCCCAGGAUGCAUUUAGAUGAUAAAAUACCAGACAAGGCUUCCCGGCAGGAUGUCACUAAUGCUUGGAAUUUGAACUUCGAUGAUGACGAGUCAGAUGGUGCUGAUGUUGCCGCCUUUGAGUAUGCAGAUUCUCGUAAAUUGGGUGCCGAUUUUCCACUAGACGGGCGAGUACAAGAUGUAAGUUCUAAGCCUCCAAAGGGCUAUGAGACUGAUUAUUCUGGACCCCAGCAACCAGGACUGGGAUUUAAUGAUUUUGAUGAUGAGGAAGAUGAUGUUGACAGUUAUGAGGUUGAUACUCAUAGUGGAAUGCAUAAAAGUUCUCAAAUCAAUUACUCAGAUCUUGAAGAUAACUCUGAAGAUGAAGGUUUGGAUGCUAAUGAUAAUAGUAUGCGUAAUUACCACCACAAAAACACUUCAACCAAUAGAAAACCCAAGUCAAUGUCUGGCAAAGUCACUUCACCUGGAUUUGAAGAUUCUGAAAUUGAUUUUGAUUCUGAGGAUGAACUUCCAAUCCGUUCAAAUUGGAAUUCUAGCCAUCUUCCCAACUCUAAACAAAAAUCUUAUACCAGGCAUUCCUCUAGUUUUGAGCCAGAUGAUGAUGACCUUAAUGAGGAUUUCAGAAGCCGUCACAAGAAAGGUAUGAAAUCUCCCCGGGAGUUUGGAGGCAGAAGAGGCUUAAAGAACAAAUAUGAACGUUCCUCUGAUUCAGACAUUGAUGACGAUGAUCUAAAUUAUCAUACAAGCAGACAGAGAGGUGCCAAACCAGGUCAAAGGGGCAGACAGGGUUCCCAAGACCGCAGUGAUGGGGAUUAUAGGCAAAGAAAGUCUUUCACAGAUGACUCUAACAGAAGAACAAGGGAUUUUCACAGGAAUGGGAAGAGCAGUUGGGAUGAUAAAGACUGGAAUAGAAAAGAUUCUAGAGGCGGCAGAAGUGGUAGAGGAGGAGGAUCCUUCAAUCGUGGUCCCAGAACCAACAAUUAUGACAAUCAAUCGAGUAGUAGUUACCUGAACGAUGAAAGAUACAACAGGCCAAGAGUAAAUGUAAGAUGAAAUGGGUACGUGAUAUGAUUAAUGUUGAAAGAGUGAUUUCUGGCUUUCAUUCAGAGGAUCAGAUGUUUCAAGUUACUCUGCACUUGUACCAACGAAGAACACGCCUGGAAGCUAUGAAAACACCAUUUUUUCUUCAACAAAGAUCGAUCAGAAGUUUUUUAGGGCAAUAUCUCGCAGAUUGACCAUUGAUGCCAUUGAGCUUCUUAUUUCAUUAGGACUAGAGGGAUUCUAAGCAGGAAGGAGAGAAGACUUAGUAUGCUUAAAGCUGAUCGCUUGUCUACUUUGUAGUGCAUGAAACUAUAGUGAACCAAGAGGCGUUUGUUUCGUCAUGGACUAUCUAAGGAAGGCAUCAAAAACUCUCCAAGGCUAAUAUGUACUGUAAUUAUUACAAGUCUCCAAAUGUUUCUUGCGCAAAAUGGUUGCUCACUUUCUAUAGUUUUCAUUCAUACUGUGAAUCAUUCUCUUUCGUUGUUGUGUUUCGUUGUUGGGCUUGUGUUGAAUGUCUUGAAUGCUACGGUUCCAUUUGUAGUGGGUUCAUAA